AUGCCGGUGCCGAUGGUCCGGCAAAGAGCCGGGCUUCAGGUUGACCCCCCUGCAUCCAGCACAAGAGACCCCCCUGUCGUCGCCAUUGACGUCGGAAAGUUCGGGACGGCCUACUCCUGGAAGGCGGAUGAGCAUCCUAUCCCACGCGGUGUGCGAAACCUCGAGAUCGAACAGCCCAGGGAGGGAACCGUGCGCAAGAGCCCGAACUCGCUUCUAGUACAUCGCGAAAAUAGACAGGUGCUAUUCGGCGACUUCGCCGAGGGGUGCUUCACCGGUCAUGCCUCCCCGGUCGGAGGGCAGCUGUUUCGACGGUUCGGUCGUCAGCUGUGGCUUGAAUCAAGCUGGAGUUUGGACACACCGGUCAAGUGCUCCAGGAACCGUUCUGUGGUGGAGUUGAUGGAAAUCUUGGUCUACUUGCUCAAUCACGUCAGAGAUGCUGCUCUCUUGAACCUGUCGACGGCGGGCGUUCCACCGAUGACGGUUGAUGGUGUGAAGUGGGUGCUGACCGUUCCAGCCUCCCUCCCGGAGCAGCAACAGGAGGCCAUGAGAACUGCCGCCGUCAUGUCGAGCUUGGUCGACGAUGGCCACGACGACGAGCAUCUUGUGUUUUGCCCAGAGGCUAUCGCUGCCUGCCUCGCGUUUCAAGACAACCUCAGUCAAGACAGCCUCCCCUGGAACGUUGGCGACAUAUACUUGGUGGUGGACUGUGGAGGAGUGACCGUCGAUCUUCAUGCGGUCGGCGUAUGCGACAUGGAGAAGCGGGAGUUGAGCCUGAUGCACGAGGGCACGAGCGGACCAUGGGGAGCUGAGAACGCGGACAAGCAGUUCGAUAUUCUCCUGCAGAGAUUCGCCAGAUGUGCCGCUCCGGAAGGCACUACUAAUCGAGCAAUGGCCAACUUCUUGAGCAGCUCAGCCAAGCUUCGCAUCAUGCAGGCCUGGGAAACAAGUAAGGUCGGCUGGAAGGACAAGAACGACGAAUGCUGGAUCAAUGUGACCGAGAUGAAAGACUACCCCCUUGAGGUCACAAUAGAAGGCAUGGACAGAGCCAGAAACAACGAGAACCGGCAUGGAGAGCAGCUCGUGGGAGGUCACGGGACGUGUUUCUUGGUCUUGAAGCCAGCUUGGAUGAAGAAGGCCUUCCAAGAGUCGAUCGACAUGAUUUCGAAGGCGAUGUCAGAGCAGCUGGACAAACGUGAGCUGCAAGGACUCACAUCGGUCGUGAUGGUGGGGGGCUUUUCGGAAAACGUUCUCGUGCAGCAGUCACGGGCAACUCUUCAAACUCCGUUCCGUUUUCCAGAAGCAGAAACGAAGACUCCGGGAGGCAGCACUACCGAUCAGGAAAAUGUUCGUCAGGCCCGAACCGACACUUUCCCAGUCGUCGAAGCCGUGGCACGCGCAGCCAAGGAGCUGGCGGAAAGUUCGAAGGUUCCUGGCAUUUCCGAAGUGGCGAAGCUGUUGGUAAAGCUGCUGGACCUAGUGGAGGAGCGUCGAAAUAAUGUCGCCGAGGCGAGGGAAACGGCCGAGUGGUGCCAGGGCACUCUUCACGUUUUGACCCAAGCUGACCGUGUGCUUCGCGAGAGCUCAUCGGCAGGGGCUCACACACUGGUUCAGAAAGUCGAAGACGCCAUCAACGACCUAUUACAGCUGAUCCACACCUACAAGAGCAAGAAUACUUUUGUUCAAGUCGUCACGUCGAAGCUGUUCAAGCGCCGGAAGGAGCAGCUCGAAGCGGUCGUCAAACAGGCUUUGAGCGAUCUGGAUUUCACCAUGGGGGUUCACAUGGGCAGCAACGUCAACGAGAUUCGCAGCGACGUCAGUGAGAUUGGCAGCAACGUCAACGCGGUGGUCGACGUACUCAACCGACUAGGGAGUCAAGUGGCCGAUAUGAAGCACUGCAUGAGCACCAUACUCAAAGACAGCAGGUCACGGACCGCUCAGCCACAACUCUUCAAGGAACCUGCAGUGUCAGUCGCAGAAUCCCUGGCGGAAGACCGUCGUAAGCGGCGACAACAGAAGUGGGGAGAGAUAGAAAUCCCUCAGGAAGACGUCCACAGAAUGGAUUUUCUGGGGCAGGGUGGAUUCGGAGAGGUGUUCUCGGGCGACUAUAAGGGCAAAAACGUCGCUAUCAAGAUCAUUUACGUCGACCACGGGCUCAACGGGCUCUGGUUCGGCGACAACAAGCAGAAGAAUGAUCGUGUAUCAGCGCAGAUGGCGGAGCGGGCGAGUAGCAAGCAGAAGGAGUUCAUGCAGGAGGUGGACAUGAUGUACCAUCUCAAGAGCCCUCACACGGUGUUACUUCAUGGAGUGAUCACCUCCCACAGAGACCGCCUGGAACUUGUUAUGGAACUGCUCGAGGAAGACUUAGGCACUUACCUCCGAAACGCAAAGGAGCCGCUUCCCGAGGAGGACUCCCGACGUAUCAUCGGAGACAUCUGCGCCGGGAUGGCGUUUCUACAUGAAAACCACACCAUCCACGGCGACCUCAAGUCUGCGAACGUGUUGCUGGAUAAGAGCGACAGGGCCAAGAUAGGAGACUUUGGGACGUCCAGAACGACGAAGCACACAAAUUCCACGCGUCUGGUCACCCACACGGCGGGCCACGGCACCAACAAGAUGACGUCGCAAUGGACCGCACCAGAGGUGCUGUACGGCGAAAGAAACUCCUACGCAAGCGACGUGUUCAGCUUCGGAGUGGUGUUGUGGGAGGUUAUGUCACGGAAAACUCCUUGGUCGGAGCUAGCUGGCAAUGACGCAGUUUUCUAUCGCGUGUUUACCAUGCGACAGCGCCCGGCAAUUCCCACUGGCACCCCUCUUGACAUCGAAGAGAACAUGAAGCGCUGCUGGGCUCACCUGCCCAGGAACCGCCCGGAUUUCUUUUACUUGUCAAGGAGGUACCCCCUGUGUAACAACCGAACAAUGGCAGCGGACAAUCAUUGA